AUGGCUGUCAAGACUGGUAUUGCUGUUGGUUUGAACAAAGGUAAGAAGGUCAACUCCAUGACCCCAGCCCCAAAGAUCUCUUACAAGAAGGGUGCUGUAUCCAACAGAACCAAGUUUGUUCGUUCUUUGGUCAGAGAAUUCGCUGGUUUGUCCCCAUACGAGAGAAGAUUGAUCGAUUUGAUCAGAAACUCUGGUGAAAAGAGAGCUAGAAAGGUCGCCAAGAAGAGACUAGGUUCUUUCAUCAGAGCCAAGGCUAAGGUUGAAGAGAUGAACAACAUCAUCGCUGCUUCCCGUCGUCACUAA